AUGGGUCCCCGGUCUCCCGCUACCACUCUUCGUGCCUUUCUCACACCACCACCCAGCCCUCAAUCUACCUCUGCCAGUCCCAUGGCUAUAUCUGCUUCCUACGUGGCAGAAACAAGUGGAUGUGAUGGCUUCCUCCUUCAAGUAGUGCUGUAUAUAGAGAUGCAGCCACUGAAAUUCACCACAGAGCGCUCCAAGGUAGCAUUCCUGAUUUCUCUCCUAUCUGGUCGUGCAUUAUCAUGGGCGAGAGCUAUAUGGAAUGGUGCCAACAGUGUCAUAAUUAAAUCCUAUGAGGCUUUCACUAACCACUUCAAGGAGCUGUUUGGGUCUGCUACAGGAGAGCUCUCUAUCUCAGAUCAGUUACUGUGGUUGCAUCAGGGCGCCUUUUCUACCAACGACUAG